UAAUUUAAAUAUAUCUAUUUAAGAUCAUAUGUAUAUUUAUUUAAGUGGUUUAACUAAAAAUGUAUUAAUAGCUCCACGUAUGAAAUUGAUUUAUGUUAGAUCGCCAAAAAAAAGUGUCAUACGGGAGCGCCCUUUAUGUAUGUGUGAGACAGUGCGCUCUUUCCGCCCAUCUCCUCAUCCUCUGGCUGCAACGCGAAGGUAACGUUUGGAGAACGCUGCAAAAUAAAAGGUGAAAAUACACUACUUGGUCUCACCUCCGCCCAGUCACUCAGUAGCCACGGCGAUGUUCCAGCACAAGAAGAAAAAGAAGAAGCAGUGUGUGCUGGAGAUCUUGGCGCCGCAGGACUUCCAGCACCAUGUCCACACGUCGUUUGACGCAGCCACUGGACGCUACGUGGGCCUGCCGCCAGAGUGGGAGAGCAUCGACACACUGCGGAGACCACGCCCCCUGGUGGACACCUCCAGGAUCACACAGCUCCAGCUCUCCAAGGGCCAAAAGAUGGAGACUCCUAAAGAAGUCGUCUUGGGAAUUUUAGAAGACUUGGGAGCAGAUGACUUUGGGAAAUUUAAGUGGCACCUGCAGGGAGCACUUGAAGACUUCCCAGCAAUCCCAAAGAGUAAACUGGAGAAUGUAAACAGGGAGAACACAGUGGAUACAAUGUUCCAGACCUACAGUACAAACACUAUUAAAGUGACCAGAAUAGUUUUAGAGAAGAUCAAUCAAAAUGACCUAGUGGAGAAGUUGUCAUGUCAUGGAGAAGUCAACAUCCCAGUACCUGCAGAGAUUCUUGCUGCAUGCCAGCGCAAAGUCAAAUCCAACUUACUUAAGACGUUCCAGCGUGUGUUUGAGGGAAUUGCUAAAGCAGGAAACAAAACCCCUCUGAAUCAGAUGUUCACAGAGAUCUACAUCACAGAGGAAGGGACUGCAGAGGUCAAUGCUGAACAUGAGGUCAGACAGAUUGAAACAGCAUCCAGGAAACCAGACAGACCAGAAACAACAAUCACAGGUGAAGACAUCUUUAAAACCCCACCUGGAAGAGAUGAACCAAUCAGAACAGUGAUGACAAAGGGAGUGGCUGGCAUCGGGAAAACAGUCUUAACACAGAAGUUCACUCUGGACUGGGCUGAAGGCAAAGCCAACCAGGACAUCCAGUUCACAUUUCCAUUCACCUUCAGAGAGCUGAAUGUGCUGAAAGAGAAAAAGUACAGCUUGGUGGAACUUGUUCAUUACUUCUUUAGUGAAAUCAAAGAAGCAGGAAUCUGCAGGUUUGAAGAGUUCCAGGUUGUGUUCAUCUUUGACGGUCUGGAUGAGUGUCGACUUCCUCUGGACUUCCUCAGAACUAAAAUCCUGACUGAUGUUACAGAGUCCACCUCAGUGGAUGUGCUGCUGACAAAUCUCAUCAGGGGGAAACUGCUUCCUUCUGCUCGCCUCUGGAUAACCACACGACCUGCAGCAGCCAGUCAGAUCCCUCCUGAGUGUGUUGACAUGGUGACAGAAGUCAGAGGGUUCACUGACGCCCAGAAGGAGGAGUACUUCAGGAAGAGAUUCAGAGAUGAGGAGCAGGCCAACAGAAUCAUCUCCCACAUCAAGACAUCCCGAAGCCUCCACAUCAUGUGUCACAUCCCAGUCUUCUGCUGGAUCACUGCUACAGUUCUAAAGAAGGUGUUGAAGACCAGAGAGGGAGGAGAGCUGCCCAAAACCCUGACUGAGAUGUACAUCCACUUCCUGGUGGUUCAGUCCAAACGGAAGAACAUCAAGUAUGAUGGAGGAGCUGAGACAGAUCCACACUGGAGUCCAGAGAGCAGGAAGAUGAUCGAGUCUCUGGGAAAACUGGCUUUUGAGCAGCUGCAGAAAGGCAACCUGAUCUUCUAUGAAUCAGACCUGACAGAGUGUGGCAUCGAUAUCAGAGCAGCCUCAGUGUACUCAGGAGUGUUCACACAAAUCUUUAAAGAGGAGGGUGGACUGUACCAGGACAAGGUGUUUUGCUUCAUCCAUCUGAGUGUUCAGGAGUUUCUGGCUUCUCUUUAUGUCCAUCUGACAUUCACCAACACUGGAGUCAACCUGCUGUCAGACGAACAAACAACAUCAACACAGUUCUACCAGAGUGCCGUGGACAAGGCCUUACAGAGUCCAAAUGGACACCUGGACUUGUUCCUUCGCUUCCUCCUCGGUCUUUCUCUUCAGUCUAAUCAGACUCUCCUACGAGGCCUGAUGACACAGACAGGAAGUAGCUCACAGACCAAUCAGGAAACAGUAAAGUACAUUAAGAAGAAGAUCAGUGAGAAUCUGUCUGCAGAGAGAAGCAUCAAUCUGUUCCACUGUCUGAAUGAACUGAAUGAUCGUUCUCUAGUGGAGCAGAUCCAACAGUCCCUGAGUUCAGGAAGUCUCUCCACAGAUUAUCUGUCUCCUGCUCAGUGGUCAGCUCUGGUCUUCAUCUUACUGUCAUCAGAAGAAGAUCUGGACGUGUUUGACCUGAAGAAAUACUCUGCUUCAGAGGAGGCUCUUCUGAGGCUGCUGCCAGUGGUCAAAGCCUCCAAAAAAGCUGUGCUGAGUGGCUGUAACCUGUCAGAAAGAAGCUGUGAAGUUCUGUCCUCAGUUCUCAGCUCCGAGUCCUCUAGUCUGAGAGAGCUGGACAUGAGUAACAACAACCUGAAGGAUUCAGGAGGGAAGCUGCUGUCAGCUGGACUUCAGAGUCCACACUGUAAACUGGAGAAUCUCAAUCUGUCAGGCUGUCUGAUCUCAGAGGAAGGCUGUUCAUCUCUGGUCUCAGCUCUGAGCUCCAACCCCUCCCAUCUGAGAGCGCUGGACCUGAGCUACAAUCAUCUAGGAGACUCAGGAGUGGAGAUGCUGUCAGCUGGACUUGAGGAUCCACUCUGGAGACUGGAAACUCUCAGGGUGGAGCCUGCUGGAGUCAGAUGGUUGACACCAGGUCUGAGGAAGUAUUCCUGUGAUCUCACACUCGACAGAAACACAGUGAACAGAAAACUCAAACUGUCUGACAACAACAAGAAGGUGACAUAUGUGGAGGACCAGCAGCCAUAUCCUGAUCAUCCAGAGAGGUUUGAGUACAGGCCUCAGCUGCUGUGUAGAGUUGGUCUGACUGGUCGCUGUUACUGGGAGGUUGAGAGGAGAGGAGGGGUUGAUAUAUCAGUGAGUUACAGAGGAAUCAGGAGGAGAGGAACCAGUGAUGACUGUGUGUUUGGAAGUAAUGAUCAGUCCUGGAGUCUGAUCUGCUCUGAUUAUUGUGGUUAUUCUGUCUGGCACAAUAACAGAAGAACAGCCCUCCGUCUCUUCUCCUCCUCCUCUGUCUCUGAUAGAGUAGCAGUGUACGUGGACUGGCCUGCUGGCUCUAUGUCCUUCUACACAGUCUCCUCUGACUCACUGAUCCACCUCCACACCUUCAACACCACAUUCACUCAGCCUCUUUAUCCUGGGUUUGGGUUAGGGCCACAUGUUUCCUCAGUGUCUCUGUGUCCUGUGGAGGACGGAGAGUCUCCUCCUGUCAGCAAACCAGACAGUUGAGUCUGAUCAGGAUCAUCAGCUGAUGUUAGUGAGGAGAAUGUGGGGAUCACCAAUGAUUUCCUGAAUGGAUUAGAUUCUGCUCCAAACAGCUAAAUGACAUGUAAUGCUCUUCAUCAUCAUCUCCAAAAGCUGCAGUCAGCAACCACCUCGCUGCUUAUCUGACAGCUUUAGUUCCUUUACACAUUCAGAUUAUUAAAACUAAAUACCAUCAGAUAAUACAUGAUGAUGUAUUAUUACAGAUUACUAGCUGCAACAUUAAAGUCAUCAGUCAUUACAAACCAGUCAUAUCAUACUGAUUAUUCUGCAGAAUCACCACUUUUACUUUUGGUACUUUUUAUGCUGAUUUUUGUACUUUUAAUUAUUUCUACACUGUGGUAUCAGUAUUUUAAAUUGAAUACUUUGUUGUAUAUUUUAUAUUCUUAUUUUUUAUCAUGAUACAAUAUUUUUUUGAGACCAGGGGAACGUUCAUCUCUAAAAAGACAGACAGACAGACAGACAGACAGACAGACAGACAGACAGACAGACAGACAGACAGACAGGCAGGCAGACAAACACACAGACAAACCGACAGACAGACAGACAGUUCUGUGUAACAUCAACUCUAACUAUAGUUUAACUUCUUUUUUGAAUUUAUGGUAAAUUAAAACUCAUUUAGAUGAACUGAAACCUAAUGUAGGAGUAAAAUGUGUAGAAAUGAUGACUCAUGGUGACUCUAGAUGAGAGGAUGUAAUAGUUGUAUGUUUAUGAAUGAUAUAUUUAAAUAUGUGAUAUAUAUAUAUAAAUGUUCUUUUGUUUUCUUUAUUGGAAGCUGUGGAUGUUUAAAGGUUGAACUCUGAUGAAAUCAACAUUUGAAAUCAGUUUAAAGAGAUUAGUCUCCAUCUGGUGGAGAGACUCAGCAGCACAGAGGGGGACGCUCACAAGUUUCUCAUGCUUCAUUUUGCUUUCUUCUGAAGAAGUUUUUGGUGUUUUUGUUCCUUUUUUGUGAUGUUACUGUUGCUGUUUACAAGUUCUGGUUGUUUUUGAAUGUUGAAGUUUAAUAUUUUUAAACUUGUAGUCACCUUUCUCAACGUUUCUGUUGCUUCUUUAACAUCGUUGUUCCUGUGUCUCUGUUGUUGACAUGGAAGAUAGAUCAGUACAUGUUGCUGAUGACCUGAUCUAACAGCUCAAGUUGAUUUCCUUUCUCCAGCCGUCAGAAAACAAACGGUCGUCUCCCUGCCCAGCGUAGAGUCCCAUGAAGAAGAACAUGUCACCGUCAUUCAAAUAAAACAAGUUCUCUGCUUACUACA